GUCAGUAUUUUGUGGAAAUGAAGUUAAUUUUUAUAGUAAUUUUUAUGAUGUUUACAAAAUCAUCUAGGGCACUGUUAUAUCCGGCUUCAUCGUCAUUGGGUUUAGUUUCAUCGGUUUCUGUACCAAUUUUGGAACUGUUACCUGAUCGACGAUGCAUUGUGGAUUGGUGCUUUCAAAUGUCAUACGAUUUGCCAUAUAAACUUUCAUCGUUUUACAAUAUCCCCAUUUGGCCUGGUAAGCACGGCACAAAAACGCGUAAACGCGAUAUCAAUUCAUUUAUGCUGGACCCAUUCAAUAGUUGGUCAAUAUUUGAAAAAUACAAUACUACCAAAAAUCAAGGACGUCACCCAAGUGAUUUUACGGCUGGUGAACUUUAUCAAAGUAUUGAAGAUUUCUUAGUCAGUUAUGGAUACCACGAAACCUGUCUACUGAAAAGUGUUUGUGAAUUGGCCAAGCAUCCGUUUGCUGAAGAACAUCGAAAUCUUUUAACUGAUAUUCUCACAUUCAUUUUAACGCCAUCAUUACAUGAGGGUUUUGUUAAAUCAGAACAAGUCUAUCGUGAAUCCUAUGAAGAUGCCGAAAGAAGCGGAUUUCUAGGAGAGGACUGUACAUUUUUGUAUCCCGAUUGUAAACGUGAUUUAUUAAGUAAUCUUUCCAAAAUAAUAAGUUGA